AUGGUUCUUUUUUAUCUGAUGUUUCUUUUUGUCGCAGUUCAGACAGCUCCGUUGCAUCAGUUGGAAGGUGAAGCCUUAGUCGUAGCUGAGCGCAAUGGUUUUCUUUCAGAUGAUUAUGAAAGGUUACACGUAACAGAACUUUCAGAAAAUCUCAGCAACUCUUUGCAUUCAUUGGAUAUGGGGAGACUCCGCAGAAGAAGAGAAACCCAAGAGACAACCAAAAUACAUGUAUCAAUCAAUGGAAUGAACUAUAGUCUUGCUUUAGAACAUCCAACCUCAGUGUUACAUCAAAAUGCCGAAAUAAUAGUUGCUAAUGGAUCGAACUCAGAAAGAAAAUAUCUGCCUGCGACGCAUUCUUGCCACUUGGUGGGCGGAAUCGAUGACCAUGAGGGGAGUGCUUCACUUUCUUAUUGUGAUCGACUGCGUGGUUUUAUGGUGGUAGAUGAUGUCGAGUACAUUUUAGAACCUCUAGAGGACGGACAACAUCUUGUGGCUGAACGAAGGAAACCAAAGGAAUGGCCUUAUGACGAUCUUGAGGUCAUAAUUAAAGAAGAGACCACUUACUUCAGUGAAAUAGAACUGCUGAAAACGUCACAGGAACUCGACACAGAAUCCAAAUACGGUAAACCAGUUAUCAUCGAGCUUGCAGUCUACUGUGAUGAAGAUAUGACAAAACUUUUGGAAAAAGCCAAAGCAGACACAGUUCAGAAGAAAGUUGAUUAUAUUCUUUCUAAAUUCAAUGGGGUACAAUACGAAUAUGCGAAAGUAAAACAACUUCAAAGAGUCGUCAUCUUUCAAAUCAAGAAAAUGGUGUUUCUUGAAACAAAUCCGGAUUGGUUCCACGUGAGCAAUUCUUUAAGUACAAUGCUGAGCUCGCUUUGUCAAUGGAAUAAAGAUAAAAAACCCUACGACAUUGUAUAUAUGAUCACAGGACACAAACCGAUCUCCCCAAUCGGACUGGCGUGGGUCGGAGGAGCUUGCAGGGCUAAUAUCCGCUGUGGUGUAUCUAUGGGAACUUCUUGGGGCAGAUAUGUUGCCAUGGCUCAUGAAAUUGGACACCUUCUUGGAAUGCAUCAUGAUGCUGACACACCUUGUAAAUCUCUGCCCCGGAAGGAUCUCGGUCUGAUGGGAGGCAAAGGAACGGACUUUAGUAAUUGCUCCGCCGAAGCUUUUCACAAAAAACUAGCGAAAUCAAACGGAAAAUGUCUUUUCACACAAAACAUUCCUGAUAAUGAUGUCAUGGAAGAAUUGAAAGGCGUACAUCUUGAAAAUAUACCAUCAGUUUGGAAUGUCACUCAUCACCAAUAUUGCGAAAAUCUCAUGGGUCCUGGUUAUCGCUACCGAGAAAAAGAAGGGAUGAAGUAUUCCUGCGAUAGAGGCUAUUACUGCGUUCAGCUGAAGGAAGGGCCCGAUUUUGGUUUGAUCUAUCGAGAAAGCGCUCAGGGUAUCGUUGGCAUGUACUGCGCCCCAGGAAAGGUUUGUUUGAAGAAACAAUGUCUGACUUACAAACUGAUGGAGUUACACACAGAAUGGAAGGAGCGUGCUGGAGGAUGGGGCGACUGGUCUGAAUGGACAUCUUGUUCUCGUUCUUGUGGGACGGGCGUUAAAUAUAGCCACAGAGAAUGUAAUAACCCUACCCCUAUUCAACAUCAUUACUGUGACGGCAAUGAAUACAGAGCCGAGCUUUGUAAUAUGCAUCCAUGCGUAAACGAUUCGUCAGACACGAGCUCUCUGAUCAAGUCUCGGGCAGACGAGACUUGCAAACGCUUAGUAAAGGGCAAUUUCCUGAAUCCCAAUUUCUAUAAAAUGACUGGUCGAAUUUUCGGAUGGAAAGGUUACGACAACGUGUGUGAUGUUCAUUGUGAUAAUGACAAACAGUCGAACAGUAGGGACGCAAUUUUGCCUGAUGGAACGCCUUGUUCAUCGCCCGAUCCGGAAUUCGACGUCGGUAGCAGAACGAAUGUAGACAUGCGCUGUUUCCGCGGGAAAUGUCAGGUUUUUGGAUGCGAUGGCAAGUUUCCCGCCAAAACGUUUGGUUCCGAUCCUAAAUGCAAAUAUGACAAGGAAAAGAUUGUCGGAUGA